ACGGGUCUUCACCCAAACGAUGUACGUCAUUUUAGUGCGCCAAAACAUUAUUGUUUAACGUGCUGAGGUUCUGUGUUUCAGCUGAAAAAUAAUGUUACGUUUCUGUUCUUUUAACAAGUGUUUGAUUAAGAAUGGACUGUUAUUAGAGUCGAUGACUGCAGCUUGCUCGAGGACAGCAGGCUACACAACCAGAGAGGAUAAGAAACCCCUUCGCAAGGCAAAGACACCGCAGGGGAAGUUCGACACGGAUGACAAGGGCACAAGAGCUAAAGACGCCUUUCAAAAAUUUCCAGAUGAUGUGAAUCCUUACACAAAAGAAAAAGGAGGCCCGACAGGCCCUGAGCCAACACGAUAUGGAGACUGGGAGAGAAAGGGACGCUGUAUUGACUUUUAGGGGACGUGUGCUUCCAAUGAAGUGUGUCUAAGUGGAGGUGUGUUAUCAUGCAGACACACCAUGUAAUACAUUUUAGGAAGGUGACUGUAUUUUUUUUUUUUAUGGUUGAUGUACCUGAUAUACAUGCACUUGAUUUACUGUUGGUUUGUUUUUUUGUGAAAGAAAAAAAUGACUUUUGCUUAAAAAGUGUGUGGACAAGCCAAUUGCACUAAUGUAAAACAUGAAUGUCAAUAAGAACAAAUAAAAAUAUCAGAAAAAGA